AUGGCGGCUGUUUCAAAUCCUGCACCGUCGAGGCAACCAUGGUCUAUGAACGAGUUGAGCUCUGAAUUGUUAGCUCUUAUAUUUGAGCAUCUUCGUGAUGUCGAUGCUGGAUCCCUAGCCACAGCUCGACUACUAUCAAGGAGGUUUGACGCCAUCGUCACGCCAAUCAAAUACAAGUUUUUGUAUCUAUCUGAGCGGAUACUCGCUCCUGAAGCGCAGGCCUAUAUUCCAGACGCUCUAGAGAAGAUCUAUGUCCACACUCGCCAUGUGCAAGCGAACAGUGACCUGGAUCCACAAAAUAUCAAGCGGUUACUAGAUCGUAUACAGAGACUUUCAACCGUCAGGUGGACUUAUAUAGGCGCAGGCUUUUGCUCGGGGGAUUUUUGGUUGCCCGCGGAUGUUCUCAGCCCUCGGCAUAUACAGUUGAACAAAACUAAGCUCUAUAUCGAUGACUUGCCUUUGAGGAACUUCACUUCGAACCAGCAGGAUGUCUACUUCAAAUCCAUACCAUCUAAUGUGCUAACUUCUCUGAAGUUGGCCAGUCCGGCACCCCCACUCACAAAUAGGCUCGAGUCAUUAAAGCAACUCCUGCUAAGGUCAAGGAACCUCGAGACGUUUUUCUACCAGGACAGGGGUCAAGGCACUCACUUCACAUUUUCAGAAGACGAAACAUUGCCAUCUUUCAAAGAGUUGGUGUUACGCUCAUAUGACUGGGGUCAUACAGAGACCGAGGUAGAGGAUCACUGGGACUUCUCUAGCAUCCGUCUGCUCAGGCUCAUUGAUGUGCCAAUCUUCGAAUUCUUGAGAUCAGUCCCGUUCGAAGACCUUACCGAUCUCCAUACUCUGCAAUGCGACGACUUUAGUGCUCAUCUGGCCGCCGAUCGGCGACAAGAAGCAACAAGAGGCCUUUACUGCCUAGUUAAGAAGAUACGAUCUCUCCGGGAUUUGGAAUUUACCUGUCACACGCAACACUUCCCACUUGAUGCACUGUUUCACCAUGGCAAAUCUCUUCAUCACCUCCGGAUCCGUGAUCACGUUGGAUUCAGUGAUGAGGACCGGCGAUGUCCUACGAUAUGGCCCGCUGAUCUCGCAGCCCUCUCGCAGAAGAUGGUCAAAUUAGAAACCCUCGAGCUGGAUAUGGACACAGCAUACUGCGAUCCGCCACUAUUUCUGGAAGCCAUAUGCAACUUCCCUCGACUGCACACCCUGACUUUGCAUGUACAGACCGUACUACGUGCGUUAGAGGUUGUUCAUCCCGAUGUCGACCGUGACUACGAAGCAGCGAUGCGGAAUUUCAGGGCUCUAGUGAGGGGGAAGAUGGGCGUAUCAUGGCGGUCGAUUACCAUUAAUGUUGGGGGUUGGAAGCAACAUAUGGUACGCCGACUGAGCGAGGCAUGGAGGACACAAAAUGCGCAAGGAGUAUAUGCCGAGAGAUGCUUCGUAUUGAAAAGGAGUGCAGCAGGUGAGAUUACUCUUAGGGAGGAAAUGUCUUUUGAACAUUGA